AUGUCCGCGCCGUCGAAAGGUGAGGAUGGAAACAUCCCCUUUGACUACGACACGGACGAGAUUCGCUCGAUCGACUCGGAGGACCUGUAUGAGGCCAGGCCCAACCGCUGGAAGGGCUCGCACGCGACGUGGAGAACCCUGACCGAGGACGACCGGCUCACGCACACUGCGCUCGAGCAGACCCGCAACCAGGACCUCUCCGUGCACCUGUACAACGCGUUUGCGCUCAAGCACAGGCAUCGGCGGCGGCGGGGAGGGAAAAGCAGCGCCGCCACAGCAGGAGAUUCCGUCGAGGGCCAGGUAGGUCUUGCUAUCAUCAUCAUCAUCCACUUUUACAAGCCAGAUCAAAUGAAUACUCACCGUGAGACACAGGAUGUGGAUAAGGUCACAGGCCAGCCCGUCGACUGGAACCCGGACUGGGAGCCGCCCAAGGGCUGGACCGCGUGGCCCAUGAGGCGCCACCAGCUGCCGUCCGACGAGUUCUUCAAGACGGCGGGUGAGGACGGGCCCGGCGCCGCGCGAGACGUGUACAGACACCCGCGGCCGCCGGCGCACCCCAGCGCUGCCUUGGAGGAAGCCGUCUCGGCGACCAUCCUCAAGCUCGCCAGCGCAAAGUUCAGAAAACGCGGUCUGGGAGAGCCCAAGCUCCACCGGAAAGCAGCAGCAGAAGAGGCCCAGGCAGCCGAGGAACAGCGGCGUCCCGCGACAGGACCAGACGUCUUCUUCUCAAGCACCGGCAGCCCGGCGGCCAUCAAAGCCGAUCCGGAGACCAAACGCAGCGCCGCCCUGGACAGCACCGCGCCGACCUACAUGCCCGUCGUCUCGGCCGACGACCAGCGGUCUUACGAGCUCCUCCGGCCCUCGACGCGGCACAUCCUGUCCAGCCUCGACCGCGCGCUGACGGUGCUGCACAACGCGCGCGUCGCGGGGAUAAACUACCUGUCCGAGUCGUCGGCGACCAACACCUCCGACAGCGAAGCCGGGUCCGACCCGCGCCCGCGCCCCCGUCGAGGCAGGGGCCGCCCGCGCAGCAACACGCCCGGCAGGAGGACGGCGUCUGCCGCACUAUUGUCCUCGCCUGAUAUGGAUACAGAGGGACCCCGUCGGAAGGGCAGGCCGCGCACGCGCUACGCGUCGCGGGAGGGCGAGAGCGAGAGGGAGGCCCUGGAGCGGAUCGCCCGGCAGCGCCACGACAAGAUGCCCGUCUACCCCUCCUCUCCCGAGGCGUCCGAAGAAGAGCACGAGACCUUCGAGACGGCCGCAGAGGAGGAGGAAGACAAGCAACGCCAGAAGCAGAAGCAACAACCCAAGCGCAACAGAGGCAAGCCGCGCAAGGCCUACCCCCGCCUCGAGGGCGAGUCGGAGAGGGCCUACCUCGUCCGCAUAGCGCGCCUGCAGCACAAGAAGAUCCCCCAGUUCUCCGGUUCUUCCUCUUCCGGCGAAGAGGACGAAGAGGACAAGAAACCGCCGCCGCCCGAGGAAGCCACCACGCCGCCACCAGCCCAGCAAGACAACCGCCACCCGUCCUCCUCCGCCCACGCAUCCCCUCCGCCCACGAUAACAGACGCCCAGCGCCAGCGCAACAGGCAGGCCCUCCUCGAGCGCUGGAGCCCGCGCGACUGGUCCGACGUCCUCGCCGCCGCCGCCCUCGCCGGCUUCCCGCCGGGCGUGCUGUCGCGCACCGCCCGGCGCUGCGCAGAGCUCUUCGGCGAAGGGGUCGACACGCGCACCAUCCCGCCCCACCGCGGGCCCGUCGUCACGACGCGCUACACGCCCGGCGUGAAGCAGUCCGUCGAAGACUACUCUGACAACUCUGGCUCGGACGACGACAACGCCAUGGCCGUGGACACGGUCCUCCAGCUGCGCGCGCUGAGCAGGCAGUCCAGCGCCGCCGCGUUCACGACCUCCCCCGAGCCGUCGGCGGCCCCCUCCUCGCCCUCCUCCGAGGACGACGAUGGCGAGGGCGAUGAUGACAACGAGGACGGCGACCGCCGCAGCAGCAGCAAGGGAACGCCGGCGGGGAGGCGCCCGCGUCCCCGGAGGAACAGGAGCAGCUCCGUCGGCGGCGGCGGCGUGACGUCCUACUGCCACCACGCCGACUGCGCGCGCGCGGUGCAGGGCUUCAGCCGCCGGGCCAACCUGGUGCGACACCUGCGCCUCGUGCACGGCGAGGAAGAGGCGCCGGGGCUCGCCACCUCCUCGAGGGGUCCGACGCCCAUCGUCGCUCCGACGGCGGCAGAUUCCGGAGGAGGAGGAGGAGAAGGGGUCAAGAACAACAAGGUUCUGGACGCGGACAUGUACGACUACGACUGCUACAGCGAGGAGGGCGGGGACGUGAGCGGCGGCGUGCACGUCGACGGGUUCCUGCGGCCGAUCAAGACGCAGAAGGGGUGGAGGGGUCCGGGCUGA